AUGGACCACAAAUCCCAUGAGUGUAAAGAUCUGAAAAACGUCACUUGUUAUGGGUGUGGUGAGAAAUGGCAUAUCAAGACCCGCUGCCUGAAGUGGGCGACUAACACUAAGAACAAGGCCACUGAAGCUAAGAAAGGCAAUGCUAGAUCCUUUCAGCUGACUUCAAAGGAAGUAGUUAAUGAUGCAAAUGUCAUUACGGGUACGUUUCUCGUAAAUGAUAUAUUUACUAGAGUUUUAUUUGAUUCCGGAGCUGAUAAGAGCUUCGUUGACCAUAAAUUUAGCAAACUUCUACCCUUACAAACCCUAGAUGUUACAUAUGAGGUCGAAAUGGCAGAUGGUAGUAUAGAAGUAGCUUCCACGAUUCUUGAUGGAUACACUAUAUCUAUCAAGAACCAAUCUAUCCCUGUAAACCUUUUACCUACGAAUCUCGCAAGAUUCGAUAUAGUUUUAGGCAUGGAUUGGUUAGCCCAUAACAAAGCCUUCAUUACCUGCGAUAAGAAACUUAUCAAAAUUAAAUCCCCAUCUGGUGAUAUACUCACUAUUCGUGGAGAUCAACACUAUGGAUUGCCUAAGAAAGCGUAUCUUCUUAAGGCGUCCAAGCAAGCCGAGUUUAGAAUCGGCAUUUUACCUGGAUCAUCUCCUAUAGCUAGAGCUCCUUACCGUUUGGCACCCACUGAGACGAAGGAGCUGAAGGCACAACUGGAAGAGCUUUUAGAGAAAGGCUUUAUUCAACCGAGUUUCUCGCCCUGGAAUGGGUUAUGUGCUCAUGCAAAGGGGCAAAGUGAUAGCCUAUGCAUCACGAUAACUUAA